AUGCCCUCGUUGCCUACCACAGAACAAACCGUUCACUUUCUCAAAGAUUUUAUGGCUGGAGGAGUAUCUGCUGCAGUCGCAAAAACCGCUGUUGCUCCUAUCGAAAGGGUGAAGCUCCUUCUGCAAGUGCAAGAGGUCUCCAAACAGAUAACGCAAGAGCAGAGGUAUAAAGGUAUGAUAGAUUGUUUUAUCCGAAUCCCUCGCGAGCAAGGCUUCCUAAGUUACUGGCGCGGCAAUUUAGCCAACGUGAUCAGAUACUUUCCGACUCAGGCCUUAAAUUUCGCAUUCAAAGACACCUACAAACGUCUAUUCAUGGCAGGCGUCGAUAAGCGAACGCAAUUUUGGAGAUAUUUCGCCGGCAAUUUGGCUUCGGGAGGUGCCGCAGGUGCCACUAGCUUGUGCUUCGUGUAUCCUUUGGAUUAUGCCAGGACCCGUUUGGGUGCUGAUGUAGGUAGAGGCAACAAAGAACGACAAUACACCGGCAUGAUAGAUUGUAUUAAGAAGACAUUUAAAACGGACGGGUUGAUGGGCUUGUACCGUGGCUUCAAUGUGUCGGUUCAAGGCAUCAUCAUUUACCGUGCGUCUUAUUUCGGCUGUUUCGAUACGGCCAAAGCCAUGUUGCCUGAUCCGAAAAAUACGCCUGUGAUAAUUUCCUUUCUUAUCGCCCAAACCGUUACCAUAUUUUCAGGAAUAUUGUCCUAUCCUUUAGACACCGUCAGACGUCGCAUGAUGAUGCAGUCGGGGCUCAAGAAGCACGAAAUGCAAUAUACCAGUACCAUGCAUUGUUGGGCUAAGAUUUAUAAAGAAGAAGGUGCCAAAGCGUUUUUUAAAGGUGCGCUGUCCAACGUUUUCCGUGGUAUCGGGGCUGCAUUGGUUUUGGUGUUUUAUGACGAACUUAAAGCCAUCAUUUAA